AUGACGCGCGCGGACAGCGACCCCGGCACAGUGCGACCGAGUGCGACUCUCUUCCGCGAGAGAGAAACAACUUUCUGCCACCCUUGCUGCUGUUUAACGCUUUCAUUCAUGUCCGCUGACUGCAGGGGGACUGGGAACCUUUGAAGAAGUCGACGAGUCGCGUUACAGUUGGUCGUCUUUAGGGGUUGACUCCUGUUUUAACAGGGUUUUUUGGACCUCAGAGGAGCUGCAACCCAUGGCUGCCAGGCAGUGACACAGCGCGGGAAAAUGUCGUUGCUUCCUGUGCAAUGAAGUCUUGGCGCGACAUUACAGUUGUAAACAAUAAGAGGACAUAUAACAAUACGCAAACACAUAUUCCUUAAGAAAGUGAGUCAGAGAUAUUUGGAAGAAUGGAGAAAAUGGACACCAACAGUGCAUCUGGUCUCUUUGUGCCUAAUGUCAGUGAAGAUUCAGUGGAUAUCUAUGAUGACCUGGAAAUCGGAUCUGGCAGCAAUGCAGAGAAACCCUCAUCAAAUCCUUCUCAGCUGAAGAAUUCAAUGGAUCUAUAUGAAGAAAUUGUAACAGAGGAAUUACAGAGCAGAGAGUCCUCUUACACUGAGUUGAAGUCCAGAUUCCAAGCAGCUCAAAACCAAAUUAAAGAGUUGCGCAGAAGACUCGAGCAGAUGGAGACGCAGAAUACAGGGCUGAACACUGAGAACUACCGUCUCAAAAAGAACAUCUCUGCACUUUUACGAACAGCUAGACAGGAGGUGACACGAAAAGAUGCUGAGAUUCAGAGGUUGAACCAACAGCCAGAGGAAGGUCGGCAUCAUCACUCUCGUAUAAAUAAUCUGCAGUAUCAAAGUUCCUCCAGCCGGACCUCCUCAGGCAGCUCCAAUAAUAGGCCACCUCUUCCACCACCUUCCAGUCGUCCACCUCCUCCACCACCAUCCAUUCCUCCCCCGCCUCCUCCACCACUACUGACUUCACCUCCCAGGGAGGAUCAUCCUCCAAAGGAUCACCCUCAACCAUCCAGGAAAGACAAUGAUAAUUCCACCAACCAGGCCAGGGGCUCUUGCAUUGAGACCAGAGCUUCAAAAGCAUCCUCUGAUACUCAUUCAAAAGGUUCCUCAAGAGGAGAUUGUCAAGAAGCAGACAAACAGACUGAGCACUCUGUCAGCAAAUCCAGCACCAGUUCAUCAACCCGACAUAGUGAGUCAGACAAACACAAGUCCAAACAGAGAGAGGAAAAAUAUCACACUCAAAAACUAUCUGAAGCAACGGAUAGGAGACAUAGAACUGGUUCAGAUCCCAACAAGGACUGUUAUGCCUCUGAGAAAAACAGGUCUCACAAAACAGACAAAGACACAGGGCGGAGAUAUGACUCCAGGUCAUGUAAAAGCAGGAACUACCAAAGCGUUGAGGGGCACCACAGAUCAGAGAGGGCUAAAAGCCCUCCGCCAGAGAUUUUACAUAGUUCAGGUUCCUCUCAAGACUCAAAAGGGAAAAGUCGAGAAAGGAGACAAGAUAAAUCCAAAAUGGUCACAUCAGACUCUGAACAUGGUAAAGCUCACAACUCUAAAGAGACCUACAGUCGAGAUCAUAGAAAAAUCAAGACUAAUGACAGACACAGCAUAAGCUCAGACUCAAAGGACCGGAAGAAGUCCUCUACAAAUCAACAUGCUGAGCGCUGCAGAGAGUCCUCCAAAGAGAGGGAAGGGGAUAAACUUUCUAAGGAUCAUCAGAGGAAGGAAGAGAGGCGACGUGAAGAUGAAAUUAGCAGAAAGCAUAAGAGGAGCACUGUGUCAGAGACGAGCAGAGAACAUGAAAAACAGAGAUCAAAAGAAUUAGACCAUGCUAAAGUUGAUGCCCAUAGCAAGGAAAGACCAGAAAAGACACACAAGGCCUUAAAAAGAGUAUCCGAAGAUCCAGAUACAGCCAAAAAAAGCUCUGCGGAGGAAAAUAUUCCAAACAGGAAACUGUGUUUCAUGGAAACCUUGAAUCUAACCCUUUCACCAAUUAAGAAGCCAUUAUUGCCCAUCGAUGGCAGCCAGGAUGACCUCACACCAGUGGAUAAGGUAGUAGAAAACAGUCCAGAUGAUGAGGGUUCACAGCCUGAUGUUGAAGACAUGUGUGUCAUUGAUGAACUAGAGGGCAGUGAGUUAGAAGCCAGGUUGGAAGAUGUUGAAGAGCGGCCUUCUGAUUUGGACAAAACUCCAACUUCUGAAAAGACGCAUAAGAAGUGUGAUGAAGAUGUCCAGGAAAAGGACAAAAUCCAGAGAGAAACACCUGCGGCUGACAAGCAGCUUGAAGACAAUUCAGUCCAAACUACCUCAGCACUUAGCCACUCCCCUGAUACUGCAGAGAAUCAGAUGACUGCACAUCUCACACCAAAAUCAUCAGAGAGCAGUUCUCUGAAGAACAAAACCAAGUUGGCCUCAGCCAGCCUGGUAGAUGGACCUGAGCAACUGGAGGCUACUGAUGGUCUCAGUGAAACAUCUGGAAGCAUUAAUGAACAGCACACAAGAAAUUCUUUACAAAAAGUAAACCGUGGAAAUAGUACUGAUCAGUCUGUUACUGUUACAGAAUCUGUUGUGCUUGAUUCGAGUAUGGAAAUUUCUAAAAGUGCAGUACCGCAGAGCCUCUCUCUGGAUUCAGUCACAGAAGAUGCCGUCGUGUCAGACGGAGGGGGAACACCUGUUUCUAAAGACAAGACCAAAGUCAGAAGUGAGCAAAUUUCUCCCACUGUUCUACCAGUGGACUGCCAGCAAGAACCGUGUCCUCCCGCUUCAUCCAGUUCCGCUCACGAGAAAGAUGCUCUUCAUAUGCAAGAUGGUCUUAAAGAUGCAGAUCCUGUAUCUAGUACAAUAAGCCUGGAAUCACUUCCACAAGAAGGGCUGAGUUUGCCUGAAGCGAUUUACGUGUUAACAAGGACAAAUGAAGAUGACAGCAGUAGCAUUGCAACUGAGCCCAGCUCUUCCACUGGCUGUAUCGGUGUGUCAAAAGUCAGCAGUACAACAGAGGAGACAGCCCUGCCAGAGAAGUACAGUGACCUCACUUUCACACCAAAGAAGAGCUUCGGUCCCGGCAAGAGUCAUGAGAGUAAUGCUGAGCCUUCUAGCUCGAUGCCAUUAGUUCAUGAUGAGGACUCCAUGAUGCGCACACUGAGCAAUCUGAAGAGAAUGCCUGAUGCCAUAAGCCCGCUGAGGAGCCCAAUACGGAUAAGCAAGAGAAAUCAUUUCCAUGUUCAUGGCAAGCCUGGUCAUGUCAAAAGUCUUCAGAAAGAGUUCACCACUACAACUGCUGAUGUCAACUCAAAGAAGUUGGAUGUAAACAAAGAAAACAAAUACCCAGGUUCUCCUUCAAAACAUGAUACACAAAACCUGGACAAGGUAUCCGACCUGCCUUCAAGUCUCUCUGACACUGAACUGGAGGAAGGAGAAAUUUUAAGCGAAAGCGAUGAAACGACCGCAAUUUCUCCUGCUCCUGCGACCAAGAGGGCGAAGUUAGUGCGUCCCGUCAGAAAAAAAGCAAGUCCCAAGUCUGUGUUAAAGAGGAAAUCUGAAGAAAGGUCUGUUGCUUCAAAAGAAAUGACUGAAACAGCAGGUGCAUCGACACCAAGCCCAACUACUGGUAGUAAGAGUCGUUUUAAAACAGUUUGCCCUGCAGCAAGCAAAGCUUCUUUUUCCACUAUAGAAGAAGUAAUGGAGACAUUUAAAUUGGUUCGCUCUGAAAUCCGAAAAAAGUACAUGAAGCUUCAUAAAACGUUUCCUAAGAAGAGCUUCUAUGGUGUGAUGGAGAAUUUCCAGGAGUCUUUUUUAGAAUUUGUGGACGGUGCCCAUUUUGGUCAAAUAUGCAGUCAGGCAGUGGAGCUGAAAUCCAAGCUGAAGAAAUUGGUCGCGUCUGUGUUUAGCAAAGUAGCAGAUAAUGGCAUCGUGAAACGCAUCUUUGAACAGCAGGCAGUCGAUCUGAAGCAAAAGUUGUGGGACUUUGUAGAUGUUCAAGUUGACUAUUUGUUCAAGGACAUUUACACAACACUGAAGAGCCUUUGCAAACCAGCAAGAGCUCAGGCUGAGGACAAGAGGGCCAGCGGAAAUGAGAACAUGUCUAGACAGCCUCCUGCUAAGAAGCCACAGUGUCAACAGAAGGAUGUACAGUCUCCUCCAGCCAGCCUGAGUCGUAUCAAGCCUUGUGCUGUUGUGCCUUACAGAACAGGCCUCGGAAGCAGAGGCAAAGAUAUCAGAAUGACUCGUGUAGAAAAAGAAAGUAAUGUUGACCAGCAUCCACCAAAUUACCGAAAUUCACAAACUGUGGUCAAUUUCCUUCCUCCUAAAAUUCCAUCAACUCCAGAGAAAAAUCACAUGGCUUCUUUGGUUGUCUCUCAAAAUGUCUCUUUGCUUGAAAAAACUGACUUUGAACUGCUCACUGAACAGCAAGCUUCCAGUUUAACAUUCAACCUGGUGAGAGACUCUCAAAUGGGAGAAAUCUUCAAGUGUCUCCUGCAAGGAUCUGACUUGCUGGAGACCAGUGGAAUCACCGGAGACAACACCGCCUGGUCCCUCAGUACUCCAAGGAAAGAUGGAGAAAGACUCAUUAGCAUAACCACUCCAUCUAAAUUUGACUCUCCAUCUAAACUGCUUUCCCCAACAAAAUUUGAUACUCCCUCCAAACUUAUCACUACAUGGUCGAGCAUUUCACCUCGCAAGGUGUCGUCUCCACGGUCCAAAGAUCAGGUCCCGCUGAAUCCAGCUUUAUUUGAUGAAAGUUGCUUGCUAGAGGUGCCAUCAGAGAGUCGAGCGAUGCUGCAGUCCAGCCUUGCUUCACAGAAGUGUUAUUCCAUUCUAGCUGAAGAUCUGGCAGUCUCCCUCACCAUCCCAUCACCCCUCAAGUCCGACAGCCAUCUCAGCUUCCUACAGCCAUCCAGUAUGACCAUUAUGUCCACUCCAGACAGCGUCAUUAGUGCGCACAUAAGUGAGGACGCUCUGCUGGAUGGCGAAGACGCUACGGAGCAGGACAUUCACCUCGCCCUCGACACGGACGACUCCAGCUGCGGGUCCAGCAGCAGCGUGGCCUCGGAAGCAGCUGCCAGACCUUUCAUGUUCAAGCCAGACUUGCCCAUGCAGGCGCUAGUGAUGGAGAAAUCCAAUGAUCAUUUCAUCCUGAAGAUUCGUCAGGCAACCCCAGGUGCAGAUGUCACUCUUACUGCUGAUGAGAGCUUAAGUCAAACACUAAUAGAAGAAGAGCAGCAAUGUGGAGAACACGAUGUGGCAACUCAGGAAAGUCAAGCAAAAGCUGUGUUGUCGGACAAGUCGCAAAAAGACAGCAGUCCCUGCAAUGCUAUGUCCUCAGAGAACAGUCUCUCCAACCUCACCGGACGCUCUGGGAUGUGCCAGGCUGCCACUGGUGCUGAUAACUAUCUCACUGAAGAUGAGAACUCAACACUAAGAAAAGAUCUAUCCCACAAAAAAGAGGAUAGGUCAGCUCAACAAAGUACCUCAAAAGGUUGUUUUCCAGUGGGGUCAGUGACAUUGUCUACAUCUCCAAAAACUCGGUCUAAAACAACUCCUUCAGAUAACAGUUUGCACAAUGUUUCUCCAAGCUCUGAUCAUUCAUUUGGGCAGAUCAACCAAGCAACCACCAGAGGAGGUGUUACACUCACAACUGAUGAGAUCGCAACUCAAACACACCACAAAGGUGAAGAUACGCAAGUUCAACAAAGUCCCUCAAAAACUCUUUUGUCCGAAUCACAGAAAAUGAUCAGUCCCUCUAAAACUGCCUUGUCAAAUAACAGUCUGCAUCACCCUGCUGGAAGCUCUGAAACAUAUCAAAGGAGAAAAGUGUCACUGACACAUGUUUCAGACUCAGACAGAGAUGAAACAGAGGUGUCAGAGUCAGAGAGAAGUCUCACCAUUGCAGAGGAUGCAAGCAGCACACCAGAGAAAGACCAAAGGGAUCAUGAGAGAGGACGAAAACGGAAGAAGCACCAAGAGAAAUCAAAAGUGAAGCGGUCCAGAAGGGAGCAAGAGGAGUGUUUGGAAGCGAUGGUGCCUGACUCAAAGAGAGAUGAUAGUGAAUCCAAAUCCUCAUCUUCACCUCUGUCCCCCAACAGUCUCUCUGCCAAGAAUAUCAUCAAGAAAAAAGGCGCAGUGGUGAUAGCAUGGACCAGAGAUGAAGAUCGAGCUAUUCUUAUCGACCUGAAAACAAAAGGUGCUUCACGUGAAACUUUCUCUGCCCUGGCCGAAAAGCUGGAUAAACCAUCAGAGCAGAUCGCUCACAGAUUUCACCAACUCAUGAAGCUUUUUAAGAAGCAGGGGAAGAUGGACACCUGAUCUCACUGACUGUCCGCUUGAUGUUUUGUUCUGAAAACUGUUCUUCUAUCAGAGCAUUUUUACACACAUACUGUAGCACCAACACAGGUAGGCUGCUGUUAAUGUGACAUGGUGCAGGAAGAGGUGAAGCCCUGCAUACUCUGACCAGGUCAGUUAAGUAGAAUGAAAAUACCUCAAAAUACCGUCAGACAGUGGUGAAGGUAUUUUGUUUCAGAUGUUGAACUGUGCCUGUUUGAAAAUAAUUCAAAGUGUGAAAAAUAAGAAUUCAACAAUACUGACUGAAAAUAUUGAUAUGAACGGUGAAACAUCCACAUAGUGAAAAUCCAGUAAACAUCACUGUUAUUGGUGAUUCACCUCCACGGCAGCAAUCACUACUUCAGUAUCGGUACUGUAUAUUAUCAGACGUUGGUUCCUUACUGAAGUUUGGUUCUUAUCACAUAAAACUUUUCCUCAUCUACAUGCUUUCUUUUCUCGACCUUUGCAGAUAUGAAAAGCUUCAAAUAUCUUGGUCUCAACUUCAUCUUAUAUCUAGUCCUAAACAUGUGUUUUUCUCAAAACAGUUGGGAAAACUGCCCUUUAGCUGGAAUAAUUCCAGGUUCCUGGGCUUCUCUUAAAUCAAGUGACUUAUUUAGUUCCUUACAUUACUGGAGGCUCAUGGGAAACAACUUGAAGUAUCACCCAUCUCUAGAUCUUGAGCUAUGGGACUGAUAUUUUGGGCCAUUUUAAUAUAAUUCUAUUAGUGAUAUUUUGAAUCUAAUUUUAAUGGAAGUAUUUGAUGGGGGGGAGGGGGGGUGCUUGAUGUGUUUGAAGGUUAUUACAAUGUUUACAUGUCCAAUUCAUGUACAGGACAGUUACCUCUGUUAAUACAAAUUUAAACUUUUGAUGUGUGGGCCUCAAUGAUAUUUUGUUUGACUUAUCAUAUUGCUUAUAAAUAGCAUAGAACGCAAUAUUGUGAAUAUUGUAUAUAAUUCUUU